ACUAUAAUUUAUUUAAUUAUAUUGGUUGCCAUAUUUUUGGUGUAUCAAUAGGGAAACAUUAUUAGCAGUUAUCGCAAUGUGUGAAGUUUGCGAUGUGUUGGAUUGAGUGCCUGGAUUUGUAAUAAGGAAUAUUUUAUUGAUCACUGUUUUAUAUAAUUGAAACAAAAUGUGUGGAAGUAGUGCUGUUUGAUAUUAUAAACAAUUCCCAUGAAGAAUUACUACGCCAUUUUAGAUAUCGCAAAGAAUGCCACUAGGCAGGAUAUUAGGGCUGCAUAUAUAAAGAAGGCUAAAUUAUAUCACCCUGAUUUAAAUCCAAGUGCUAACGCUGCUGCUAGGUUUAAAGAGGUCCAGGAAGCUUAUAAUACAUUAUACGAUCGAGACAAACGUCAGGCUUACGAUGCUUCCCAUGCUUUUGGUAAAUCGUCGUUUUCUAACACCGGGCGACGCACUGCACAACAGACUGGUGGCAGUUCUACCAACUACUAUUACCAUGAUACAUCCCAUAGUUUUGAGGAACAGUUUCGCGCUGAAGCUGAGCAGCUGCGGCGCCAGUGGCAGGAAAUGGAAACUGACAAGUUAAGGCGUGGAGCUGAAAAAUUCAAAUCAUCGAUGAAUAACUCGGGUUUCAACGAUCCCAUUCGGAUCAUUGAGUUCUUCAACUUUAUUCCUCCCUAUACACUAAGAUAUUUGUUUUUUAUUUUGAGGAAGUUAGCUCCAGUGAUUCUGCUACCUCUAUCGUUUCUCUUUUGGUUCGGCAGCGAAGUUAUGUCCAAUGUAAGCAGGAAGAGUGCUAAAAUGCACAUCGUGUAUGACUCGUAUGGUCGAGCUUAUACAUAUGACGCGUAUGGUAGGCGUUGCAGGAUCCCUGAAUUUGACAGAAGACAAUAACGCUUACACAUGUGGGACAUAUAAGACAGUCACACAGCGAAA